AUGUUCUUCUCUAGUUUCACUCUUUUGCUGGCCUCGGCUUCGGCAGCGACAGCCCAGGCUCUGGUGCCUGCCGCGCCUCCUGCGUCCAUCGGCAAGGUCGACUGGAGAGCAGUCAACUGCAGCGGUGUCAUUGUCGACGCGAAGGCGUUGCCCGACAAGCGAUGGGAGGCGGCUGGUGCAUCAGAUGCCCUCCAGGAGGUCUUCGCUGCGUGGCGCAACUACACCACCGGACCUGACGAAGUCAAGUUCCAGUUCAGCGAGUUCGUCUCUUGGUACUUUGGCGGUCCGGAGGAAUGGCACUGCAAGGAGAUCUUCGACGUGCCUUGCUCGACCACGCUUGUUUGUGAGGAUACCAAGUAUCCCGCUGGACAUCUCAUCCUCAACUCGUUCUCCAAGCUUCACCGGUUCCACCACCGCUAUUUUGAGGCUCUCAGUCUGGCCCAGCAGGACAUUCAGUCCGAAAUGGACCUUUUUGCCGAGUCUUUCUCCGUGCCACCUCCCAGGGACGAGUCCAAGGACCAGACCAAGAGAAUUCUCCUCAACGUUGCUUACGGUGUGAUUGGUAUUGCACAGGCCUACAUGAACAACUUUUUCAUCUUUGCAAAGCCUGUCGAGCAAGCCGCUGGACAGAUGAUCUCCCAGGUCUGGCGUUCGCAGUUGACGACCACUCUCAGUUACAGUAUCUUCACUGGUUGGGCCAUCGGAAAGGACUACAUGCUUCCAGGCAAGGACCCCAAGGUUCAGUAUGGAUCUCUCGGUGCCAUGAUGGGCGACGUCUUCGACAGCUGGAAGGCCACCCAGACCGCCUACGUCGACAACAUCUUCUCUCCCAACAACACCGAGACCGAGAACUUCCUCAUCGCGGCUUUGGACAACGGCCUCAUGGGUGCCACCCCGGAUGACCUCAACGCCUACGAGAUGUCCAGGAUGGUUCAGAAGCUGUUCUACCCCCGCUUCAUGGUGUCCAUCUGGCAGACUCGCAAGUGGUCCAAGAGACCCUUCGUCCUGAAGACCAACUUGCCUUGCAAGAUGGCCACGGGCGAGAGAGACUCUUCCCUCUGGCCCUUCCUGCCUGACAGCGACCACGCCAGAGCCGCCGCCUGCUACGAAGACAGACUCUUCUACCUCGUCGACAUCAGAAGCGAGGGCGUCAAGCUGACCACCGAGUACCCCUCCAUCCGCCCCAACAUCUUCAAGAGCAAGCACUGGCCCCUGACGGCGCUCUUCGGCACAGAGACCAUGGACGGCUCCCGCUACGGCGGCGUCACGAAGGAGGACAUCGUCGCUGCUGCCUACGGUGGCUGGGUCGAGGGCGGCUACAAGAACAACGUCUACCAGCCCAACUACACCGACGUUUCGCCCCAGGCCCAGGCCAAGCUGUGGUCGGACCAGGGCAACCGCAGCCCUGGCUUCGUCAACAUGACCUUGUGCCAGAACAUCUACACCAUUGUCGGCAACGUCGUGCAUGGCAAGCCCGAGCAGAACCCCUCGUGGCCCUGCGCGCCUCUCUCCGAGAUCAAGCCGCUGCCCCCUGCUUGA